AUGCCUGGAAAGUACCUGGAAGGCCUUGAAGGCCAGGAUUGCAGGCGCUGCAAAGAGAAAAAGGCGGAUCUAGUUGUGCGCCGCGAACCGCUGUGUCAGGAGUGCUUCAUUAAAUAUGUUAACACGAAAGCCAUUAAGAAGAUGGAGUCAUUUCGCGUGAGGCAUUCUGCUCCCGAUCAGCAGCGAAAGAUUCUUCUUCCUCUGUCUUUGGGCGUCUCCUCCCUCUCUCUCCUACACAUUCUUGACCGCCAACUCAGAUCCCAGACCCAUAAGAGCGGGCGUACAGGAUUUGCGUUGGUUGUAGUAUAUGUUGACGAGUCGCAAAUCAACGAGUCUGGCCCUUCUCGGGAUCUGCUGGCGCAAGUUCGGGGGCGCUAUCCCGAUCACGAAUACGCCACUGUUCUUCUACAAGAUCUCUUCCGUCUCAUUCCCGCCGAUGAUCCCCUCCUUCGGCUCCUCCCGGAUCAGAAUCUUGAAAAUGAAAGGACCCCAUUAGACCACCUUGUAGCACUCAUGAACUCUCUGUCCUGGCCCACAGCCAGGGCGGAUAUCAUUCCCAUUCUUCGGACCAGGCUUCUCGUGGAACAGGCCAAGCAAUCCGCCUGCGAAGCCGUCGUCUGGGGAGAUACUACUACCAGGUUGGCGGAGAAAACGUUUUCGGAGACUGCCAAAGGUCGAGGCUUCUCACUUCCAUGGCAAAUAUCGGACGGCGAGUCCCCUUUCGGAAUCACCUUCAAUUACCCCAUGCGCGACCUGCUGAAGAAGGAACUCUUCGCCUAUGCUGAUUUCCUCGACCCGCCGUUGUCACCUCUCAUUCAUGACGCUGGGCCCAGCCCGUCGUCUAUGAACUCGAAAACCACUACCAUAGACGAUGUCAUGAAGCAAUACUUCGAAUCUGCUGAGAAUUUUCCGAAUUACAUCGCCAACGUCGUCACAACUACCAGUAAAUUGGAAGCCAAAGCGAUUUCCCCUACCGAUCCGCGCUGUGCCCUUUGCAGCAUGCCUGUAGCUGAUGGUCGUUUCGGUAAUCAUGGCUGGGGCGGAUAUCAGCAAGAUGGUUCAGCGAACUCUUCGAGCAGCAAUACACCAGGCCUGUGUUAUGGCUGCACCCGAACUGUAUCUGUGAAAUCUCAGCAAUCAUGA